GCCGCGAGGACACGGCGGCCCGCCGUCGCUUCUCGGAUCGGGGCGAGCCGCCGACGCACCGUUCGGGCACGGGCCCUCACCCGACAGCCGGCCCGUUCAAAGCGGCGCGCGGGGCCAUGAACUUCCUGUCGGGCGGCUUCGGCACGGUGUCGGCCGCCAAGCCCGCGAAGCAGGAGCGCCAGGCGGGCGCGGCGGACGACGCCGUGAGCCCGAAGCAGCAAGCCAGGGACGACUUCGAGGCGAUGGUGGCGGAGGUGGACGCGAGGUGCGACGCGGACGGCUUGCAGCGCUGCGGCGUCAGGUACUGGACCCGUUUGCGGGCAUCCUGGCUCGGGGCGGCGGAGGAAGAGGUGGCCAGGCUCCCCGAGAGCUUCGAGGACGCCGGACCGCUGCAGCUGUCGCGCGCCAGGCACGCGGCCCCCGUGCGCGAGGUGAGCCAGGGCGAGUUGGAGGACCUCGAAGACUGCCUGGAGGCUGUCCAGCGUCCCUUCCCCCAGCUGGAGCGCAGCAUCCCCCUGGGCGCCGCGAUCCAGUGCGCCGAGGCGAUGUGGGACGACGAGUGA